GGGCAAAGGGCGAAGGUCAGCGUCCAGGUUGGCUAGCACCGCCUGUUAGCCAUGGCCGCGUCUGGGGAACCCGGGAGGCAGUGUCAGGAAGAAGUGAUGGCGGUGGUAGUGGUGGGCUCCUGCAUGACCGACCUGGUCAGUCUCACUUCUCGUUUGCCAAAAACUGGAGAAACCAUCCACGGUCAUAAGUUUUUUAUUGGCUUUGGAGGAAAAGGUGCCAACCAGUGUGUUCAAGCUGCUAGACUUGGAGCAAAGACAUCCAUGGUGUGCAAGGUUGGCAAAGAUUCUUUUGGCAAUGAUUAUAUAGAAAACUUAAAACAGAAUGGUAUUUCUACAGAAUUUACAUAUCAGACUAAAGAUGCUGCUACAGGAGCUGCUUCUAUAAUUGUCAAUAAUGAAGGACAGAAUAUCAUCAUCAUAGUGGCUGGAGCAAAUUUGCUUUUGAAUACUGAAGACCUGAAGGAAGCAGCCAAUGUCAUUAGCAGAGCCAAAGUAAUGAUCUGCCAACUAGAAAUAACUCCAGCAACUUCUUUGGAAGCCCUGAUGAUGGCUCGUAGCAAUGGAGUGAAAACAUUGUUCAAUCCAGCUCCUGCCAUUGCUGACCUGGAUCCCCGGUUCUACACCCUUUCAGAUGUGUUCUGCUGCAAUGAAACUGAGGCUGAGAUUUUAACUGGUCUCACGGUUGGCAGCCCUGCAGAUGCUGAGAAGGCUGCACUGGUGCUGAUGGAAAGGGGCUGCCAGGUCGUCAUCAUCACUUUAGGUGCUGAAGGAUGCGUGAUGCUGUCAAAUCCAGAGCCUGUCCCAAAGCACAUUGUCACAGAAAAGGUCAAGGCUGUGGAUACUACGUGUAGACCUGCCUAGCUCGAGACCCAAGAGUGAAGCAGCAACUGUAAGGAAGCAGGAACAUUAUAAAUAACUCAAGAGAACCCUUUUAUAACAGCAACUGCCUGCUGAUUUUGUGGCCUAACAGCUCAAGCAAAAAGGAUAUAAAUACAAUAUUGUGCAAUGACUAAUUACUCAGAAUUUUGUGCAUCAGCAGAAGUGCAACCUGUGGUUGGUGCUAAUAUUAUCAAAUGCCUUUGCUAUUUAAUAAUCUGGUAGCUGUACAUUAUUUAGCAUGCAAUUUUCAUGGAGAACAAUGAUUUUAUUUCAAGUACCUCUCACUGAAAUAAAAAGGCAGCUGUUAGAAGAUCAACAUUUGGCAGAACACGUUUUAGUGGAAUCUUUUGUAAGAUACCAAAUCAUAUUGGAUUAACCGUUUUCUGUCUAGGAUCGUGGAGUCACAAAGAAAGCUCACUCACCACAGAGGGCAAAGCCAGUCUCUAGACGCCAAUGAAUCACUAACAGCCCUAUUAGUUUUUAAGUGCCAUUUACUCAGCAAUAUAUAAAGUUAUUUAUCUACAAAGCUUCCAUUUAAUAUUGCCUGAACAAUGGGCCUUUUUAAUCACUUAAGCUCACACUCAGGAUUCCACAUCUCUUUCAUUAAUAUAAAAUUCUUUAAAUCAUAGAAUUUAUCCACCACAGACAUUUUGGUCAGAAUGGGAUUUUUAACCAGUCGUAAGUCUCCACAGGCCAUUCUUCUCUGGGCUUGCCAGACA